AUGGCGGCCACACAACCUGAGACAUCGUCGUCCGGUGCUGCCUCCGCAACCAAGAUCUCGCAGCCAGAAUGGCAGCUCCCUCAAAAGCAGGUGCCUGAGCCUGAGCUCAAAAUGUACAACUCGCUCACUCGCACCAAGACACCCUUCGUCCCCAAGAAAGGCCGCACCGUCACCUGGUACAACUGCGGUCCUACCGUCUAUGAUGCAAGUCACAUGGGUCACGCCCGUAACUAUGUCACACAAGACAUCAUCCGUCGUAUCCUGCGCGACUACCUCGGCUACGACGUCCAUUUUGUCAUGAACAUCACCGACGUCGACGACAAGAUCAUCAUCAAGGCGCGUCACUCCUACCUCAUCAAGCAGUUCCGAUCGCAGCACCCCCAGCUCACCAAGCCGCUCCUUGCUACCGUUCAAGACGCGUGGUCGGCCUACUUUGCCAAGAAUCUCGAGCGUUUCGCGCCUCCGGUUCCACCUCAAGAGCAGAAGGAUGGACUCGUUGACGAAGCGAACAAGGCGCGAGCCGGCGAAGCGGGCUUCGAAGAGGUGUCUCGACUGCGUCAAGACGCUGCUUGGCUCAAAGCCGCCUCCGAGAAGGAGCCCAAGUUCAGCAUGUGGUUCGCUGCCCUCGACAAGUCGCGUCAGGCUCAGGUUGCCGCUGCCAUGUCGCUUGCCGCCGCAGAUACAUCGAGCGAAGCCGCGUCCAACCUCAUAGAUGCGUCCGAAGACGUCCUUGCCGCUCACCUUGACAAGCAGUUCGGUAGCACCGUGACCGACCCAAGCGUCUUCCGCGAUACCGCUGCCUAUUGGGAAGCCGAAUACUUCAACGACAUGAAGCGACUCCACGUCGAGCCUCCCACCACGCUCACCCGCGUCAGCGAAUACGUGCCGGAGAUCGUGACCUUCGUUCAACAGAUCAUCGACCGCGGCUACGCAUACGCCGAAGGUCUUGACCAAGACAAGAAGAACGUCUGGUUCGACACGCGCGCCUUCGAUGGUGCCAAAGCUUCGGACGGCAGCUUCGAGCACUCGUAUGCAAAACUUCAGCCUUGGUCCAAGGGAAACCGGGAGCUGCUCGAGGAAGGCGAGGGCUCGCUGUCCACCUCGACCGCUGCCACCGCCGGCAAGCGCGCCGCAUCCGACUUUGCACUGUGGAAGUCCUCCAAGCCGGGCGAGCCAGCCUGGCCAUCCCCUUGGGGUCCCGGUCGUCCCGGCUGGCACAUCGAGUGCUCGGUCAUGGGCUCCGCCGUCCUCGGCGAAACCAUGGACAUCCACUCCGGCGGCGUCGACCUCAUGUUCCCGCACCACGACAACGAGAUCGCCCAGUCCGAGGCGCAUCACGGUUGCCGCCAGUGGGUCAACUACUUCCUCCACACGGGCCAUCUUCACAUUGAGGGCCUCAAGAUGUCCAAGUCGCUCAAGAACUUUAUCUCGAUCGACGAAGCGCUCGAAAGGUUUACGGCGAGGCAGCUGCGCAUGUCGUUCCUGCUGCAGCCGUGGGCGGGUCGGAUGGAUUUCAAGCAGUCCGCCUUGGGCGAGGUCAAGAAUGCCGAGAGUGCGUUCAACAACUUUUUCGUGGGCGUGAAGGCGAAGGUUGCUCAAGCGAAGGCGUUGGGUGAGGCGUGGUCCGAUGGUCAUCAUCAUUAUGGCGAAGGGGAGAGGGGGUUGAUGGCCACGCUGGAGACGAGUCAGCAUGCGUUUAGGGAGGCCAUGUGCGAUUCGUUUGACACACCAAAAGGUAUGGAGAUUCUGUUGGAUUUGGUGAGCAAAGCCAACAUCUACGAGAAGAGCCACGAGAAGAGGUCGGACGUCAACAUUGGUGUUCUCACCGCCGUCGCUCGAUACGUCGGGGAUAUGCUCAAGAUGCUUGGUCUGGGCGAAGGAGGUGCGCUGUCUGCGAGCCAGGAGAUCGGCUGGGGCACAGCGGACGAGUCUAUGGAUGGAGCUGGAGCUGCCAACAAGGAGGAGCUGCUCAUGCCGUACCUUCAAGCGCUGAGCAACUUCCGCGAUGCGGUGCGCAACCUAGCCCGCAGCUCCGCUCCCGCCUCCGAGUAUCUGAAGCUCUCGGACGCGUUGCGGGACAACGAUCUGGUGGACCUCGGCAUCUCGCUCGAAGACACCGAGGACGGCAAGGCGCUGGUCAAGCUCGUCCCCGCCGCCCAGCUUCAGGCUGCGCGAAGGGAAAAGGAGGCUGCUGCAGCGGAGAAGGCGGCACGCAAAGCACAGGCCGCCGAACAGGCGAGACUCAAAAGGCUGGAGAACCUGGAAAAGGGCAGAACGGCACCGGAACAGAUGUUCAGGACCGAGGAGUACAGCGAGUGGGACGAGCGCGGUUUGCCCGUCAAGGACAAGGAGGGCGCAGAACUCGCCAAGAAGAGAAGGAAGAACCUCGACAAGGACUACGAGAAGCAGACCAAGCUGCAUAAGGAGUUCCUCGAGGCCAGGGAGAAAGGCGAGAUUCAGUAG